GGAGGAGAGGAGAAGAGAAAAGAUGGCGGAGUGUUGGUAGCGCUUCACUCAAGGUUGAAUGCCACUACCUAUCUUUCCACCUUCUUAAGCAGAGCAGCUCAGCGCCUCUUGUACAAGAGAAAUUUGCUGUUUUGUCACGUCACAUCACGUCAGGAAUCCAGGAUGUGGCACGAGGCUCGGAAACACGAGCGGAAACUGCGUGGGAUGAUGGUGGACUACAAGAAACGGGCUGAACGACGCAGGGAGUACUAUGAGAAGAUAAAAAAAGAUCCAGCGCAGUUCCUGCAGGUGCAUGGUCGAGCGUGUAAAAUUCACCUGGAUUCUGCCGUGGCUCUUGCAGCAGAGAGUCCGCUCAACAUGAUGCCCUGGCAGGGUGAUACGAACAACAUGAUCGAUCGGUUUGAUGUUCGAGCUCAUCUGGAUUAUAUCCUGGAGUAUGCCCCUCCUUUCCUGAGCACUCUCUCUCCAGAACAUGACAAUGAUGAACGGAAGUGUAAUUACGAGCGAUACAGAGGUCUGGUGCAGAAUGAUUUUGCAGGCAUUGCUGAGGAGCAGUGUCUGUACCAGAUCUACAUCGAUGAGCUGUACGGGGGCAUGCAGAAACCCAACGAUGAUGAGAAGAAGAAACUGGCAGAAAAGAAAGCUUCCAUUGGCUACACUUACGAUGACAGCUCAGUCACCACAGAUGAAAAGAUCGAGGAGAGAGACGAAGAUGAAGAGGAAGAUUCAGAUGAGAAGAGUGACUCGGAUGAAGAAAUUCCAGACAUAGAUGUUGAAGUGGAUGUUGAUGAAUUAAACUCUGAACAAACAUUGGAGCUGAACAAACUCGCCACCACGUACGGGAUGUCUGAAGGUGACUUUGUCAGGAUGUUACGAAAGGACAAAGAGGAGGUGGAAGCAAUUAAACACGCCAAGGCCUUGGAGGAGGAGAAGGCGAUGUACUCGGGGCGAAGGUCACGACGGCAAAGGAGGGAAUUCAGAGAAAAGCGUUUGAAGGGGAGGAAAAUCAGCCCACCCAGUUAUGCAAGGAGAGACAGCCCAACAUAUGAUCCGUACAAAAGAUCGCAGUCUGAAUCCAGCUCCGGGACGAGAUCACGGUCACGUUCGAACUCUCCGGCCCACGAGGAGAAGAUCACUUACAUCACGAGUUUCGGGGGCAGUGAAGACGAGGGUGGAUCAGCUGCACAGGCGGGAGUGGCCACAGCCAAGACCCCAUUGAGCAGGCACCGGACUUCCAACUCGCUGCAAAGCUCUGGCACAGGUCAUACCAGCUCUUCCCGGCGUCGUUCCUCUUCCUCUUCCAGGUCCUCCAGGUCUCGGUCAGGUUCUCGCAACUACCGUUCCCGUGGACACCGGCGGUCAAGCCGCUACUCGCGCUCCCGCUCGCGCAACAGGCACUACUCUGGGUCCCACGGGCGGUAUGGCAGGGGGUGUUCCCGAGAUGGGCGCCGCUGCUCGCGCUCGCAGUCUCGCUCGGCCGACAGGAUGCGAUACGUCAGCUCCCGCAGCCGCGGCAGGCGGUCCAGGUCAAGGAGUCAUUCGCGUUCAGAUGACCGCUAUCGCCGGAGCAGCAGGACAAGCUACAGCUCGAGCCGGCGUCGGAACAGCAGCAGUCAGAGCAGCAGCGACAGUAUGAGUGGCUCCCAGAGUCAGAGCAAAUCGUUGUCCCCCGUCAAAGAGACCCUGGGCAAAGUGGCUGCCACACCCGCCAUGGGAGAGAAACUGAAAAAGUCUGACACUCCUGUGGGUAAAGAAUCCGGAGCUGCCAAACCAAAGCUGACACCACAGGAGAAGCUGAAACUCCGCAUGCAAAAGGCGCUGAAUAAACAGUUUAAAGCUGACAAGAAAGCGGCUCAGGAGAAACAGAUGCAGCAAGAACAGGAGCGACAGGAACGUGAGGAUGAACUACGAGCCAUGGCUCGAAAGAUCCGACUAAAGGAGCGAGAACGCAGAGAUAAAGAAAGGGACGAGUGGGAGAAGGAGUACCCGAGAAGGAGCCGUUCGUGCUCCCCAAGACACGGCCGUGAUUACAGCAGCUCAUCACGAAGACGUUCUCGCUCACGCUCGAGAAGCCCUCACCAUCGUCAUUAGAUGUCAAUGCUCGUCCUUCAGUUGGCCCCCUUGCUGUCUGUAGCAUCCCCCUUGAUCCACUGACACAGCUGGUAACACAGCGUCCUCUCCAUGCACAGCAGUGAAGAACUAGCUGCAGGAGCUGAGUGCGUAAUGACUACAGUGCACGUGCGCCUGUAUGUAUGUACAUACUAUUUAUCGUGUCAGCAAUGUACACCCAUUCACUUUGGGUUCUAUCUGUACUGCAGCUGUGUAUAACCCAGGGAUGGAAGCAAAGCACGUCUGUAAUUUUCACAGUUUCAUUUAGUCCAGUAAAGAGUGACUCGCUUCAAAAGACUUGCUUUAAAGUGACUGUACCAGCAAACAGCUCUGUUUUUAAUCUGUCUUUUUUUUCCUCUUCUUUUGUCAUAACCUUUUGUCUGCUUUUUCAGUCACAAUGCUGACAAAAUACGUUUGUAUCUCCACUUGUUGUCCAUCCUCUUAAGUCUCUGGUGUAAGUUUAAGGGGCUGGAAGUGGGUGAAAGUCUUGCCUUAGUUUAUGAUCGUACUGUGCUGGAGGGCACGAGUGAUAGCAACUGAACUGUGCUUCCUGUAAGGUCCGGUACAUGGUUUGGUUUCCCUUCCCUGUUCAAAGACUGGGCCCCCCGUGCUUUUCUAGGGUAUGCUGAUGACUCCAGAAAGAUGUUAUUGUGUGUCAAAACCGAACUGGGUAUUUAGUGACAAAUGAAAUACGUUAGUAGGCUCAGGCUGGGAUGAGGCAUUUCCACAAACAGUGAGGGUUUGCCCAUCACCUUGGUAUCCCUCCUGCCUGGGAAGAUUGAGAGCAGGACAGUGCAUUCCGAUGGUACAGAUCUGUGACUGCGCAGCAUGAAUGCAGAACCAUGUCAAAUAAACGUAACGCUUUUGUAAAGAAAACUUCUGCGCUUUCUGGCACCGGUCUGUUCUUGGCUGUUGUACUCUCCCACCCAGUGUGCCAGUGGUGAAGCCACUCUUUCCUUCUCCCCCUCCCAGAAUACCAGUGUGCUCCCGAAUUGAAGUCCUGUUGCUAAAUGUUUCUUAUCGCUCUGUAAAUAACUUUGGCAACAAGUCUGCACCCAACUGGCUGUGAAGCACAGCAUCGUAACAGAAAGUAGAACUGCCAGGUAGGCAGCCCCACCAGGAGGAAACAUCUGCCCUGCUUUAAGUGUCGGACAGUUUGGUUCCGCAGAAAUGCCGUGCCUGACAAAUUUUCAAUUGCUGAGUUGAAAAUUAUUUACCAGAAAGCAUCACAAUUUCUCUACAGAGUUUACUCUUGGGUAUGUGCUGUCAGGUCCAGCCCAACCCCCUAUUGAAGGGCUUUGUAGAUGUCCUGUUUUGGGGCUGGUUUCAGCAGGUAUCUGUCCUGGACAGUACCUGCUCUGAAAUUCCAGUGCAGUGAUUUGGUUUAUCACUUGUUGUUAUUAAUUUUCAGAUCAAUGAGGAAACCAUCUGUGUUUCUCAAGUUGACAUUGCCUCUCCUCCCGCUCGCUUCCCUUUGGGCUGUAUGAAUUCAUUGACAUGGUCUGUCUUGUUUUGUUCCCUCUCUUGUAUCUAUGGGAAGGAGGGCCCAACUUGUGAAGGUGUAAUUCUGUGAUUAUCGUGUCUCCCAGUAAUUACAGACUGAUUCGGGCUUCACUAGUUUAACUCAGACAAGUGUUUAAACGUUUUUAGGAGUUUUUGUCAUGUACAGUUUGUAAUUUUUGCCUCAAUUUCUGUAAAAUGUUUCUUCUUUAACAAAAAGUAAAAGUUUCUGUUUUCUCUGG